GUUCCCAACACAACACACAGGGAGAGAUUCUGCAAGUGACGCGAAUAUGUGUUCGAGUCGCGCGAAACACAAUUAUUCGCGUUUAACAUGUGUGUGAGUUUUGCGUUCGGCCCAGGAUUUACACCUGACGCGUGUGCAUCACUGAUCAUUCGCCGAUCAAAGUCGAAUAGCUCAAGUAUCGCGGUAAAACCACGAUUGGGCGCCCGGCGUCGGACGCGCCGGUCUAAAUCAGAAUGCCCAACAUUUCCGACGACAGGCCGCGAAGAACGACAACGGGCGGCCCGUCAACACCCGAGAAAGCACAGGCUGAGAACCCACUCCCAGAGACACCGGAACGUCCGCCAACGCCUGAUCCCUACCGCAGAAGCCCUGCCCUGGUCAGCACACCGCUUGUGAUCUGUGAGCAAGAUGCUUCGACUACUCCGGGCGGUGCUUCGGAUGUACCUCCUGAUGCCGAGUAUGUCUGCAUACCGUCUUCUGACGGCGAGUACCGCCUGCAAGAGAUUAACUUCGAGGCUUCAAGUCCGCAACAGGAUGGAGACAAUGGUUUGGCAGAGUCCACGGAUGCUGCGUUGGAAAGCAGCCCUGCCGAUGCCACUGGCGAAGCCACGACGUCGACGGGUCAGCGACGCAAGCGUCCGAGAGAAGAGCGUAAGGGCAAGAAGAAACCAAAGAAGCCGAGAGCGGCUCCGGUGCCGGAGCCAUGCGAUACGGAACUGGACAAAUUCCUGGAAGACACCGCCGAGAAGAACAAUCUCACCGUCACGAAUGUCAAGAACAUCAUACGGAGGGUCGUGUCGAACAGCCGUGUCUUAGCCAUGCUGCAGAACACAAUGAUUUCCCAUGUGGCCGCUGAAGAAUUAGGAACGGAUCUCAGCUCAUUGCCCUAUGAGCCGAAGUUCACGAGGGCCAAGGCAAGGGAGAUCAUGGAGAAACAGCCACAUCUCCUGUGGCAAGUCUCACCGAUGAAGCUGUCCGCGCCCAGUGGCUCACAGCAGCUGCUUCAGCAGGAGUUCCCUGAUGAGAGCAGCUCCGACGAAGAGUACCACCCUGCAUCAGAAGAGAGUGAAGACGACAUCACAGAGCCACCCUCGUCAGUGGGAUCAAGUGUCCCGUUCUCACCACCUGCUUCAGAUGCCGUGCUGGACAGUCCAGAAAAGCAAGACCCCAGUGAUGCAGGAGCUGAGAGUGGUAUCGCCGAGCGAACCCGCUCGAAGCUGCCGCUUCACGACACGCCCCUCGAGUGCAUCGAAGCCCAGUUCAUCGCUCCCGACAUUACCACCGACAUGUACGACACGGAGUGUGACGACGAGGAGUGGAAAGACUUUCUCGUCUCACUUGUAAAGCCUUUCGAACAAGAAGAUAACCACGAAGAUGAUGUAGAGGAUCCUGAAUACACCGUUCAGGACGAGGAAGAAGAGAACUUCGACUCUUGGGAUGUUCGCAAUGACCACGCUUGCAAGAUACCUCAGAAAGAAGUGAGUGACUUGAUGACUGAGCUCAUGCAAGCAGCCACUCGAGAGCUCCUGGACAAUGAGGAAGAAGAAGAUGCACUGUUGGUUUCAGUAAAGCCAUCCCCGUCCAAAACUGCCACUGCCACCGCGGCUGGCCUCGCAGACCAGUCGGAGGCUGACAUAUUUCAGGAAGCGACUGAGAGCGUGCACGACGAGAUUCUCGCCCAACCCACGCCUCGACAGAUACAGCAGUUAGAAGAACAGAUGAGGAUGCAUGUGCAGCUUUUGGCCCAGAUGUGCUUGUUGUGCAGCAACAAUGAACACCUUUCAAGCAAUUUCGAAAUGGCCCGGAAACUUUUGAAAGAGCUGGGGCACUUUGCGGCACGGCCACUGCAGCCACCCGGGAAGAUAUCAUUGUUUAACACGUGCAAUCUUCCGCAAGCCAUCCGGAUGUUGGACAGCUUGUCCCAACGUCCCCCGGGAACGACACCAGCCAAGGCAACAUCACGCUCAGCUGGUAAAAAAAAAAUGAAGGGCCAAGUACCGAGCCACGCACGAGACAUACUGCUUGACAGCCCCGUGUUCAUCUAUCCGGACCUGCUGCCCAUAAGUCGAAUGUACAGUCAACUGCACGACCCUUUCAAGAAGGUCAUCUUUUUCCCAUCGGAGGACCAUCUGCUAGCCUUGGGACUGGAGCAGUUUGUGCCUCCUCGAUUCAGCUCCUUUUCAGUCGCUUACCUGCGUCUCAUCCGAACAUUCCUCCUCCCCGUUAAAACCGAAGUCCAGAUCAAGGUGCACGUGAAGAACAUCAUUUACAAAAAGCUAGGCGAUGAGAACCCCAUCAAGUACUGGCACAUACACAAGGUCGCCCCACCAUUAGUGUGGGAGCCACAUCCAAUAGAGCUACGAAGCAUCGUGCCUCCAAGCAAGCGGCCAUUGGAGAUUCUGCCUAUGUGGAUGCAAGUGCAACUUUCUCUACGUCCCACACGGCGGGUGAUGGCUCCACUCUCGGGGACGUCCGCACCGCCGCCCCCUAUCCGGCCAGCCAGCAGCACACCUCCCACUGCAGCUGCUGUGGUCUGUUCUUCAAGCAGCCUCCUGGCCAUCGGAGGCACCGUCGUGGUGUCUCCAGCGACUGCCACAGGACCGGCGACGCUCACCGUCGUCUCUCCAACGACACCACGACACACGGUGGUGUCACCCCUCAAGCAGAUCUCGCCCAUCCUGAAGAAGUACAGCCAGUAUGGACGAAAGAUCCUCCUCAAGACGCCAGUCAAAAAGCGACUGAGCUAUGACAAAGAGCCUGCAUCAUCAGCUUCCACCACUCCGGUGCAAAACAGCAGUGCCUUGCCCGAAAGGACGUCGUCAGCUGACACAGUCUCUCAGCCCACUGACAUCUCGGGGCGAGUUCCACGCAAAGAGACAUUGCCAGCAGCUACCUCGGAGGAAGCCGAGGACAACGAAGGCGACCUGGCUGCAUUGAUGGCAGCCAGCAGUACGAUCCUCCGCCGCAAGCAGGCCCUGAGUCGCAAGCGUUCGCGGCAGCAGAAGGAUGCAGAGGCCACCUUGCCACUGCUUGUUCCUGGCCUUGUAGACUCUGAUCCUUUGAAGGACGAGCGGGAAAACCAGUUCACACAGCAAUACCUGAAUCGAGUACAAGAGGCUCUCAAGGAUGACGAAGCUCGUCACCAGAAGUUCAUUGACCUGAUGAAGACUGCCCACUGUGACGAGGUCAAUCCUGUUGAGCUGUACAAGAACAUCGAAGAACUUCUCCAUGACCAUCAGGACUUGGUGGAUGAUUUUGUCGGCUUUCUACUGCCAGAGCAAGCCUUGCAGUGCGGCAAGCUAUUGCAGUACCUCAACUUCAGAAAGAUACACCUCUUUCUUCGAAAACUAGAGGUUCACUUGGGCCAGCAACCCCAGCAACUGCAGCGACUGCUGCGCUCCUUGCACCAGCUGCAACGCCAGUCUGAGUUGACAGCCGAAACCGUCUUUUCUGUACUUCAACCACUACUUCGUGGGCAGAGCCACCUCAUGGACGAACUGCAGCAGCUACUACCAAGUCAGGGUGUCCCCGACAGCCUGAUGGAAGAUUUUGAGGAGGUGACUUUGCCCGAAGAGGAAGAGGAGGAAGACGAGGAGGAGGGGGCGGCAGGCAGCCCAGGCGGCGCCGGCAGCAGUUGCGAGGAGUUGACACUGUCGCCACCCAGGGACACCCCCGGCACGCCACAGUGCCCCUGCACCUGCCACCAGGGCAGCACCGACUCACGCUUCCUCAGCCGCGCACGACACUGCACCCGUUGUGGUAUCAAGUUCCUGGAUGGCCGUGUAUUCCUGCAGACUGGAAAAGUUCUCCGGCCAGCACGUGUGACCAUUGGCCGACCGCAGUCUCCCGAGACGGACAGUAACACUUCAGAAAGCCAGAUGUCGGAGAAGCACGCGGAGGCUUCCAAGUCUGCAGUUGGAAAAGAUGGAGGCAAAACAAACAGCAGAGAAGGCCAGAGUAUUGCCUGGUCAAGGGAAGAUGACAAGGUUCUGUUGCAAGCGUGCCAGCAGCUGGGCACCGAAAAGGGACUGCAGCGAGCGUCACAAACCUUGGGCCGACCUCCCGAGCAGGUGGCCAGCCGCUUUCAAGAAUUGAUCCGCUUGUUUGAGGCAAGCAAGAGCGACGACGAAGCAGAUUCAUGACAGUGCUUGCAAACACAUCCAUUUGUACACAUAAUUCCAUAGUCAUAUUUUCAUCAUCACCUCAAGCAUCACUGAAAAGUUUCCACAUAGCAAACAGGGACUUUUAUCAUUACACAUGGAUGGUUUCUCAGUGUACAGCCUACCUGUAUAGUGUUCCAAGUUUCUCUAGUCAUCGUCUUUCUUGAUCUGAAAACUGCCCUGUCUUUGGCUGCUAAAGGCUAUUGUAGCACAACAUUAAAAGAUGAUACUUUAUCCCACUUUUAAUGUGCCUCAUGUUUUCUGGUGACUGGUCUUAACAAUAGAUAGCACGCACUAUGUACAUUUAAGGAGAUGUUGGUGGCCAUUGUAGUAAAUGUGCUGUGCUUAUACUGUUAAUUUUUUUACUUAUUCGUGCCUUACUUUUGAAGUAACUGUGUGUUUACAAACGAGUUCCCGUCUCACAGCAGCAUGAACGAUGCAUUUCUGUAACUUGUAUCGUGUCAUUUAGCCAAUAUCGUCACAGAAGAUCUUAGACACUAUGUGCGCCACCUUUGUUCCUUUACAGAAUGAUCUGGCAAAAUAGCAUCGUGUCUGCUGAUAAAAGGAUUCCAAUUUUUUUUUAGUGAAAAGCUUGCUCCUCUACAAAACGUUCCAUUAUUCCUGUAUAGAUUAUAAGAUUCACUUAGCCUAACCAUUACUUUUAAAAGCCAUUGAUACAGAUGUGUUGAAUGCUGGAACAUAUUUAUAUUUUCACUUUUAAAAAAUCACGGAUUAAAAAUUUUGAGCUUACCACUGCUCUGUUCUUGCUCAAAUUUGAUGGAUCAUAUCACUCAGUGUAACACCUAAUGCAGUUGCUUGGUUUUAAGCAAAAAAUGCCAAGUUGCCUUCCUUGUGGAGAAGCUAACUGCUGCCAAGACAGCUAAAUAAACUUGUGUAGCUGCCUCUCAGCAGUUACAAAGAAGCCAUUCCAGAUGGAACCUUUCAAGUGUUGUAUUGAACAAUUUGGACUAUAUAACCUGAUAUUUCUGCAAAAUAUCAGCAUGAACAACUAAGUUUUUGUUUUUAAGUGAAAUAUGUGUGUCCUUGUACUG